GGGACUCAGGAGCCAACCAAAGAAAAGAACGUGUGGAGAAAAAUUGGCAGCAGGCGCUGCAGCUGAACAGCAAAACACAGCGCUGUGCUGCGAGUGCCCACGGAUGCUGUGUCACAUUCCAGACCCAGGCUGCGCAGUGAUGGCUGCGUGCAGAACAAGCCCCCUCGACGUCCCCAGGUGCCAUCAAGGCUCUUCCAAGAGCAGGACAGGACCACGUGAAGCACCCCCUGUCCCUGGGGCAGGGCGUGCUGACUUUCUGACCACACGCUUCUGCAGCAGCGGUGAUUCGGGGGCCCAUUGAGGGACCCAGGCAGUGCCUGGUGUGUGGGUGCCACAGCGAUGGCUUGGCUCCCUCUGGUGCAGCCACACGAGCAGAACACAGCUGGCGGCACCCAGCCGAGGGAGCUGAGCCCUGCAGGGCCCAUGGGGUCCUUGGGCACCGCGUCUCGUUACCCCGAUCUUUGAUUGGUUUUGGCAGCAUUGAUGACGGUGACGAUUCCCGAUUCUGGAAUGAGCGCGUCCAGCUCCAGCUUGGCUCUGCGCCGCGCGGGGGAACCCCGGCCUGCUGCUGCGUUUUUUGUUUAAUUAACAGAAACCAGUGGAGGUAACAGAAAGACUCGCACCAUUGGUGAGAACAGCGAGCAGCCAUCUGCAGCAGGGUGGGUAUUGGAGCGGUGGCCAAACAGCAGGGAGCUGGCGGGGCUCGGUGGGCCUGGGGUGGAUGUGUGUGAGCCCCGUCUGCGUCGCUGCACGGCGCGGAGCUGCGGCUGUGUGGGGGAAACUGGGGCUGAGGGGUGAGCGGAUCCAGAUGGGUGCAUCCCUAACUUUGAUCUGCCCUCUGAUUUGUUUCCUGAUGCAACGUCCUGCUGUUAGUUACACUCAGGGCUCGGUUCGGAGCCAUCCUGUGACCGCAGUUCCGUACGAGCGCGCUCACGGCCCGCGACGGCCCGGCCCUCACCAAGAUGGCGGCGCCGCUCUCACCAAGAUGGCGCCCCGCCCUCACCAAGAUGGCGGCGGAAGGGGCGUCGCCGCCGUAACCGGAAGCGGGCGGCAGGCGGUUCCUUCCCGGCCCAGCAUGGCGGAGGCGCCGGGCGAAGGCCCGCGGCUGCCGGAGCUGCUGGAGAGGGGCUGGCGGCUGCUGGAGGAGGUGGAGGCCAGCACCGAGCCGUCCUCCGGAGCGCCGUCCGUGCAGGCCAAGGUGCGGCAGGGGCUGGGCGCGCUGCAGCGGGCGGCCGCCAUGGUGGAGGAGCUGCAGCUGUUCAGUGAGAACGAGGAGCUGGAGGAGAUCGCCUCGGCCGACCUGAAGUACCUGCUGGUGCCCGCGCUGCUGGGCGCGCUGACGCUGCGGCAGGUGGAGCCGAGCCGGCGGCGGGAGCACCUGGAGAGCGGCCGGAGGCACCUGUGCCGCUUCCUGGAGCUGUGCCGCUCCUACGGGCUGAGCGGAGCCCCGCCGCCCCCCGCCGCCCCGCGGGAGGACAGCGAGCCCGGGAGCGCCGCGCCGAGCAGCCUGCUGGGCAUGGCCUCCAGCCGGCAGGCCAAGAUCGAGAGAUAUAAGCAGAAAAAGGAACUGGAGAACAAGUUGGCCUCUCUGAGAACCUUUGUGGAGAGUGGGCAGGCAGAUGAGGAGCAAGUACGGGAGCUGUAUCUACUGCAGGUCAAGAAAUGGGUCAACAUCAGCUUUGAGGAAAUUGAGAGCAUCGACCAGGAAAUGGUCAUCUUGAAGAGCAGAGAUACGAUGAAGCAGUCUUCAGCACCACCACACGGUCCUUCUCGACAAGUCAGGACUCCAUUGAAACCUUUCAUUCUUACCCGGGAUGCAGUUCAGGCUAAAGUGUUUGGUGCUGGAUAUCCUGGCCUGCCAACUAUGACUGUAAACGACUGGUAUGAUCAGAAGAGAAGGGAAGAAGCAGCACGUGGUCAGAGUGCACCUCAGAGGCCACCAAACACAAAUGAUGAAGAGUUGCAGAAGGAGCAGCAGGAGAAAAUAAAGGAGGAGGAUGAUGAGGAAGCUCUACAAAAAGCUCGGGACUGGGAUGACUGGAAAGAUACACACCCCAGAGGCUAUGGCAACCGGCAGAACAUGGGCUGAUGCUUCAGCGGCAGAGAGAGCAGGGCCUGGAAAUCCUGUAAGAGUUGCCUAUGUCUUGCAGACGUAGGAAUAAAUACACUGUACAUAUGCAGAGGUAUCCUUGGCUUCUCUGGGAGUCACUGGAAUCAGAGGAGUGAAUGUGACAGUUUGCUUUGGUUUACAUGAAACAUCAGGCUGAGAGUGUGCUUGUCCUGUGCAUUGACACCGCAGAGCUCCUGACAGUGGGCACUGCGUGAUGGGUCAGGCUGCCUCUGCCCUCCCAGUCAGAGGAAGGCCUUGAAAGAAAAGCAGCUGAGUUUGGAAACCACUCUUUGUAUUGUUGGUGGAUGUAUUUAUUUUUUCCUCUAUAUUUUAAACAAAAUAAAAUCUCUUGUGUUGCCUA